UGUCCAGCGGGCUGGGUUGAAAACGGAAAUCAGUGCUACUUUAUACUCCCCAAAGAAAAGAAUACAUUUGAGGGAGGUUACCUAUGCAAGCAACUCGGAGCAACCCUACCAAUCAUCAAAUCAGCCGCGGAGAACGCCUUCCUUUUGAGUUUGAUGGAGCGAAAAGGUGAUCCACGGCUUGGAAUGAUAGCACCCAACGGCGACAACGUUUUCGAAUGGCUCGACGGGACGGCAGUGGCCGAUACCUUCUCUGCAUGGAAUACCGGUGAGCCUAACAAUCCUGGAUCAGAGAACUGUGCGCACUUGUACGUCAACGGAAGUGGCAAAGGAAAGUGGAAUAACGAUCCCUGUACGUCUUCCCGAGCUAUUGUUUGCCAGAUGGAGAAGAAAUGA